AAAAAAGAAAUUGAACUAGUUCGUGAAUAUUACGGCCUCUUAUAAAAGCCUUUCAGGCCCAAGUAACUCUCUUUGUUGAAUUUUUUUUUUUUUUCUGAGAAAACUGUUCAAACCUAACGGUGUGUGAGUUUGGUCAAAUGUCAAAAUAUCAAAGAACAUGGAUAAAAUUAAUCAUGAACCGGAAAAGAUAACCGGAUUCGGUUUGUUUGGUGUGAAGUUUCUUUCUGGGUUUGCUAAUUAAUUACACAACUCUUCUUCUUCAUCUCUGAUGGGAUGGGACUAACUCAGGAUCAUCACUUUGGGUGACUAUAAACAUUUGCUCUUUAAAAAUCUAUUGUUUUAAAAGGAAAAAUGGCGAAUUGGAUCUCGUCGAAGCUCAAAGCCGCCGAAACCAUUCUUCAACAGAUUGAUCAGCAGGCAGCAGAGUCUCUUCGAAAAGAUGAGAAGUCUGAAACCCCUGAAGAGGUGUUUGAGACAUCUUCUAAAUCUUCAAGUCCAGUUUCUUUGAAAGAUCAGUUGAGGAAGAAAACAUAUGAUGGUAGUGACUCUGGUGGUGGUUCUUCUCAGAGAAACUCAUUAGAGCAGAAGCCUAGCUACUUAAGUAGUAGUAGCAGUAAAAACCUACGCAAACCAGAUCAAUCACGAGAGAGGACAACGAGUUCACCGACACAAGGUUUGACACAAGAGAAACCUACACUCUCUGAUGCUGAUUGGACAGAGCUUCUGAGCGCUCCUCCGAGUCAGGGGAGCAGCAUUUCUAAGCCUCGGACUCCCCGUGCAAUUCGGGGAGUGAAGAAGGAUGGAAAAAGGCAAGGGAAUGGAGGGAAAAGUCCUUUGGUGUCUGAUGCUAAGAGGAGUGAGAAGAGUAGUGGUAAUGUGGUUGAUUCUAGUGGGAAGUCACAGAAAGAGCCGAGUAAGGAACCAAGAGACAAGGAAAUGUCUAGCCCUUCUGAUGCUGACGUGGAAAAUAAGAAUGUUUCUCAUAAAGAGAGUGAGAAGGAUGUUAAUACUAAGCUACCUUCCCUGGAUGACUCCAAAAGAUCGAGUAAUGAGACGUUAACUAGGGAGACGUUAUCACAUGUAGGAAAAACUGAUGGUCGUGGGGCCAUAAGAAGUGGUGCGUGGGGAAAGCAGGCGAGGGGAGAAGUUUUGCGGAGAAAUGUUUCUGAUGGUUUAAAGAGGAAGGAUUCUUCCUUGUCAAGUGAUGAAUCUGAAUCAGAUUAUGAGUCUGAUUCAAGCACUGACUCUGAGAGGGAGCGUCAGAGGGAGGAGCGGAGGAGAAGAAGAGAGAAAAUUUUCGCUGAAAAAGUUGCAGCAAAAGCUGUAGCGGUCAUCAAAGAGCGAGAGAAUAUGGUGGCAAGACUUGAGGGCGAAAAACAGAGUUUAGAGAAAAUAGUUGAGGAGCGAGCUAAACAACAGGCACAAGAGGCUGCGGAGUUGCAAACAAACAUGAUGGAAACACUGGAAGCUGCCGACAUUGAAAAACAGAAGCAUAACAACACUAGAAUGGAAGUUUUUUCACGCUUGGCCGGAUUAGAGGCGGCAAAUGCUGAACUUACAAGAUCGCUUGCGGCUGGACAAAAGAAGCUUGAAGCUCAGAUAGAUCAGGUAGCAACACUCCGAGAACAAGUUGAGCUUAAAGAAUCUGCUCUUGAAGGAUUGAAGCGAAAAACGUCUAGUAUCCGAGGAAGUGGAAAUCUCGUAAACAAGUUAGAUGCUUCUAGAGGAGACAUAUUCGAACACCAGAUGCUUGAAGCAGAGAUUUCUUUGCUGACUGAUAAAAUCGGGUGGUUACAAGAUAAGGCAAGUAAACUGGAAGCAGACAUCAGUACGAUGAGGAAAGAACUCGAAGAACCAACAGAAGUAGAAAUUGAACUGAAACGAAGACUUGACCAGCUAACUGACCAUCUUAUUCAAAAACAAUCCCAGGUCGAAGCACUUUCCUCGGAGAAAGCAACUAUAUCGUUUAGAAUCGAGGCUGUAUCAAGGCUUAUAGAAGAAAACAAAGGUAUGUCUGCAGCCGAAGCCUCGUCCCAAGAUCUUGAAGCAGGAGAAUGGCAACUCUCAGGAUCAAAGUUUAAACCAGCCUUCCAAGACAAAAUCAGGUCAGGCAAGAAACAUUUGGGAUGGUUAGUGAUGCAACUAAACGCUAUAUUCGUCUCUGGAACUGUCUUCUUGCGUAGAAACCCCACUGCAAAAAUCUGGGCUUUGGUGUAUCUGGUUUGCCUACAUCUCUGGGUACUAUACAUCUUACUCUCUCAUUCCAGUGAUCCUUCCUCAAGUGAACUCAGAUCAGGUGCAGUGAUUUCCUUAGAGAAUUUCAAUAAUAGUUCCCUUCAUUAGUUUUUUCGUUAGAAACGAUCAAAGAAAUUACUAUUUGUAAUGUUCCUGCUUCCAACAUUUUUUGAAGCUGGACUUGAAUCUUAAUUGUAUUCUCAGUCAAUGUAUCAAUCACGUUUCACAAAUAUUUGAAGACAAUGAGAAUCUAUACAAAAAGAGAGUUUAAUCAUGAGACAUGUGGCCAUAGAGUGUAAUUAUCUCUUCAUCUCCCUCAGUCAAUGCUUCUUUUUUGAGUUUUUCCUCUAUUACUUGCGCAUAAGAAAAAGCUCAUUAGUUCAAAAGACAAAACUUGUAGGGUUACAAAGAAAUGCAGACACAAACAAAAUAGAUUCAGGAGACUCACCAGACUGUAGUUUCUUGAGGGAG